ACGUUUGCCGUACUUGUUUGGCUGCAACAUUUAGCGCGAGUUUUUACACAGAUACCAAGUUGUGUACACUGUAGGUUUUUGGUUGUAAUGAUCCUAUAUUUAUCCAACAGGACGUGCUGUUUAGUGAGCAGCGCGACCAUAUAAAUGUUGUAAGUUCUUCAUUUGGAGGAAACAGCAAAAAUGAGGAGAAGCCUGGCUCCCAGUCAGUUGGCUAAACGCAAACCAGUCAGAGAGACCAGCGGUGACAGCGAGCAGACGGGAAACACUGAGAAGGUAAGAAGAGUGGAUGGGAUAAGGGAGAGCCACAUGUCUCCCUACAGAAAGCCUCUGAAACAACUUAACUGGCCUGAAUGCAUGGGCGCUGACAAGCAUGAGGCAUCUAUUCUGAAUAUUCUCUCCAAGCCUUUUAAAAUUCCUAUUCCCAACUACACAGGCUCACUUGGAAGCAAAGCACUUGGUCUCAAACAUGCAGGAGUAAGGAAAGCACUCCACGAUCCCUUUGCUGAAGAUGCUUUGGUACUUUAUGAGCCCCCAACUCGAAGUGCUCAUGAGCUGAUCAAAGCUGACAAAGAAAAGCUUCCAGUUCAUGUUGUUGUGGAUCCAGUAUUGGGAAAUGUACUUAGACCCCAUCAGAUAGAGGGAGUAAAGUUCUUGUGGGAUUGUGUGACUGGUAGACGCAUCCCUGGAUCUUAUGGCUGCAUCAUCGCUGAUGAAAUGGGCCUGGGAAAGACACUGCAGUGCAUCACUCUCAUAUGGACCUUGCUACGUCAAAGCCCUGAUGCUAAGCCAGAGAUAGACAGGGCCAUUGUGGUAUCACCUUCUAGUCUGGUUCGGAACUGGUACAAUGAAGUAGGAAAGUGGCUUGGAGGUCGCAUUUCACCAGUGGCAAUUGAUGGAGGCUCAAAGGAGGAGAUUAAUAAGCAGCUAGUGAACUUCAUUUCUCAGUAUGGUUUGAAAGUGGCAACACCCAUUCUGAUAAUUUCAUAUGAGACAUUUCGACUUCAUGCGGACAUCCUGCACAAGGGGAAUGUCGGACUUGUGAUCUGUGAUGAGGGCCAUCGACUGAAGAAUGCUGACAACCAGACUUAUCAAGCUUUGAAUGCUAUGAAUGCUCAACGGAGAGUGCUGAUAUCAGGCACUCCAAUCCAGAAUGACCUCCUGGAGUAUUUCAGUUUGGUCCAUUUUGUAAAUGCUGGAAUCCUUGGUACUGCCCAGGAAUUUAAGAAGCGAUUUGAGCUUCCCAUCCUCAAGGGUAGGGAUGCAGAUGCCAGUAACAGAGAAAGACAAGAAGGAGAGGAAAAACUCAAGGAGCUCAUCAGCAUUGUCAACAGGUGUUUGAUAAGGAGAACUUCUGACAUCCUGUCAAAAUACCUUCCUGUGAAAAUUGAGCAAGUUGUGUGCUGCAGGCUAACUCCUCUGCAGAUAGAACUCUACAAGCAUUUUCUGAAGCAGGCCAAACCCACAGAGACUUUACAAGAAGGCAGAAUCAGUAUUCCCUCACUGUCUUCCAUCACAUCACUCAAGAAGCUGUGCAACCACCCAGCUCUCAUUUAUGACAAGUGUUUGGAAGAAGAGGAGGGCUUUGAGGGGGCAUUGGAUCUUUUUCCUCCUGGCUACUGUGCUAAAACUGUAGAACCUCAGCUGUCUGGUAAAAUGCUGGUACUUGACUACAUUCUGGCUGUGACAAAAUCUACAACUAGUGACAAGGUGGUGCUGGUCUCCAACUAUACCCAAACACUGGACCUCUUUGAAAAGUUGUGCAGAUUUAGAAGAUAUCUUUAUGUUAGACUGGAUGGCACAAUGUCUAUCAAGAAAAGAGCUAAGAUCGUGGAAACAUUCAACAAUCCACAAAACCCUGAAUUUAUUUUCAUGCUGAGCAGCAAGGCGGGGGGAUGUGGCCUUAAUCUGAUUGGUGCCAAUCGCCUGGUUAUGUUUGAUCCUGACUGGAACCCAGCCAAUGAUGAGCAGGCAAUGGCUCGUGUGUGGAGAGAUGGCCAGAAGAAGACCUGCUACAUCUACAGACUUAUCUCUACCGGAACCAUUGAAGAGAAGAUCCUGCAGAGACAGGCCCAUAAAAAAGCCCUGAGCAGCUGUGUGGUGGACGAGGAGCAGGACGUAGAGCGUCAUUUUUCUCUGGGCCAACUUAAAGAACUUUUCACACUUAGUGAAGAAACAGCCAGUGACACACAUAACAAGUUUCAGUGCCGUCGCUGUGUAAAUGGCAGAGAGGUCUGGCCGCCUCCAGAAGGUGCUGACUGUACCAGUGACCUUUCCCAGUGGAACCACUGCUUUGACAGAAGGGACUGAGGGACCAAGUGUUGAAGGCCUCCUGGGAAAAUGCGGUCUCUUUUGUCUUUCAUCAGCGCUCUCAUGAGGAUCAGAAGGGUGUUGUGUACAGUAAAUAAGGAAUCAAACCAGCUGCUUUAAAUGAAUUUCAGAUACUAUGUCCAAUUUUGACUUUUUUCCUUGUUUAAUAAAAAGUGAAGAAAAAAAUGA